AUGUCAGAUCUAAAAGCCUACCUAGCCGACAAGUACAUGUCAGGUCCCAAGCGAGAUGCGAUCCUAGCACGUGCUUCCGACCCGAGCAUAAAGAAGAAGAAGAAGAAACCCAAGAACGAAGAUUACAUUGGAGGAUCAAAGGGGGAGAGUAGCGGUGGACUGAUGCUGAAAGAUGAGGAUGAGUGGAAAGUGAGAGAUAGAGAUGAUGAUGAAGAUAUGGAAGACGGAGAUUCUCCUGUAAUCGGAAAGGGGUUGUCCACAUUUCAAAAAUCGAAAUCAUCCUGGUCGACUGUCGGCUCAACCUCAUUACCUAUAUCCAAUCCUACCGAAGCUGGACCCUCAUCCCCUCGAGUGAAAGACGAAAUAGAUACAGACGCUCCUGUGGCAACCUUACCUAAAAGGAGAGGUGGUUUGCGAACAGCCGCGCAGAUGCGUGAGGAGGCAGAGAGAUUAGCAGCUCAGAGGGAACCUUCGCCUGAGCCUGAACCUACAGAUACCGAGGGGCAGAACGAGACUGUCCAUCGAGAUGCAAGUGGUAGGAUAAUAGAUGUAAACAAGCUGAAGGAAGAAGAGAGAUUACGAGAGGAAGAGGCAAAGAGAAAGGAACUAGAGAGGAAAGAAUGGACGAAAGGUCUUGCACAGCGUCAGGCAAGAGUGACAAGAGCUGAAGAGGAAAGGGAGAUGGGUGAAAGGAAGAAUGUGGGUGUGUCUAGAGAUGAUCAUAAGAUGAAUAAAGAGAUGCAGGAGGUUGAAAGAUGGAAUGAUCCAGCGGCGGAGUUUCUGAAGAAAAAGAAAAAAUCGAAAGGUCCCAGAAGACCGAAAUAUCAAGGUCCGUACGCACCCAAUCGAUUUGGUAUACCGCCUGGAUUCAGGUGGGAUGGUGUUGAUCGCUCAAACGGUUUCGAAAAGAAGUAUUUCCAAGCUCAGAAUGCGGCUGUCAGACGAGAACACGAGAAGAACCAAUGGAGUGUGGAGGAUAUGUAG